AUGGGUAAACGGAAGAAGCCAGGAUUAUUCCCAAAUCAGCCUAAGAAACUAAAACCUUGGAGUGCGGAAACGAAAAAUAAAACUGGAAGAAGCUUCAAUUCUCAGAUGCAGGGAGCUAUUUAUUCGCUGUACAAAUUUAUGAAAGCAGAACCAGACAAUAAGGGUCCAAUAAUUCCUCUCAGUCAAGUCAGAGACCGCAACAUUUCUUUUAAUGGACAGAGAGAAACGCUUCGCAGAGUUUUACACGAUAUUGGCUUUACCUACAAACGUCGUAAUGGCAUUUAUUACCUUAUCGAAAGGCCGGAUAUUGUAAGGAAACGUCAGCGUUUUAUGGAAAAAUAUAUUGAUGCUGUACGACAGGGCUACUACCCUGUUUUUGAAGAUGAAACCUGGAUUUAUAAAAAGGGAUCUAGUAAAACUCGAGAAUGGCAAAACAAUGAUAGCCGAAGCUGCUCUCUUGAAAAACAACCUACGGCAAAGUGGAGGAGAGAUGAGAUACAAGUGUGGCUUGAAAAAAAUAACGUCGACUUCAAGCGUGACUCAUUUAAAGCCGUACUAUUGGAACUCUGUAGAGCAAACAAGAAGCCAAUCAAAUAUGUCAUCGAUGAGCUUCUGGCUAAAAACACUGACCACAUAAUCAAUCGUCUACCAGCAUACCAUUGCUUUUACAACCCGAUUGAACUGGUUCAAGGACUCGUGAAACGCUACUUUGAUAAACACGUAGGUCUUGGUCAUGACUACUCCGAGGACAGUAUGCUGAUGCAUUGGGAAAAUGCUUUGGAUUCAGUGACACCAGAAGUAUGGAAAAAUUGUGUUGAAAAAGUCGAAAAAAGAAUUUUUGAAGAUUAUGAACGCGAAUUCGGCAACAAGCAAAAACUUCCGAACUUUGACGAAGUACCUGAUGAUGAAGACACAGAAUCCGAAGACGAUGAUGAUCCAGAUGACUUGAAGCUGCCUAUUGAUGCUGACUCUGUAAAAAGAGCAUUGUUUGCAAAUGGCAACACAGACAGUAAUGCAGAACCAUCAGUAAACAAUGACUCAGUUACUGAGGAAAAAAAAACAGAAGAUCCCGUAGCAUCAACUAUGACUUCAGAUGAAAAUCAAUUACCAGCUUCCGUUUCGAAUUGGUUAAAAGAACCAGAAGAAACAGUGAUCUCUAAUAAAACUGGGAUUGCACUCCGAGUCUUUGAUUUGAAAACAUUAUUGUCAUCUCACUUACUCAAUGAUCAGAUUAUUAAUUUGUAUCUGCGAUUAGUUGUCCAAAGUGAAGGAUCACACUUUUAUGCGUUUGAUACGCACUUCUACCCGCAGCUGUUAAAAUCGUAUGACAGCGUAAAGAACUACACAAAAAAUGUAGAUAUAUUUUCCAAAAAAACCGUGCUUAUUCCUGUUCAUUCAGCAGAAUUAAGACAUUGGUCAUUAUGUGUUAUACAUUUUGAUCAAAAGAAAAUAUCUUAUUACGACAGUCUGAAUUAUGUCAAUAAAUCAUGUAUCACGACAGUUUUCCAGUAUCUUCACCAAGAACAUUCAAUCAAAAAAUCACGUCAUUGGAACGAUUCAAAUUGGAAAGACAUUCAGGAAACGAACUUGCCUCAACAAAACAACUUAACGGAUUGUGGUGUUUUUGUGUGUAAAUUUGCUCAUUAUAUAUGUAAAAACGCACCGUUUACAUUUACUGCUGCUGACAUGCCAAAAAUUCGAAGAACAAUGAUGGAGGAAAUUGUUUUAUUAAAGUUGCAACCAAUAACACCUCAAGAACCCCAGACUUCCGCAAUCAGUCGAUCAAUAUCGGCAUUUGCGAGAGAUCUUAAGCAAGCACGUGUCCCAACAAAGACGUGUUCCAAAAAGAAGGAGCCACCAAGGAAAUCUUCGACUUCUAAGGAGCUUUCUUCAACCGUGAAACCGCUUUGUGAGAUACGGACUAGCUUAGAAGGGGUCUAUUUGCACCAAUCGGCAAAUUUGCAUCAAGGUGAUUCACGAUUUCCUGAAGAUCGCCGAAAUGCUCAAUGUACGGCCAUUGUGGCGUACAGUAUAGCUGCAUUGAUCUUAAAUAACGGAGAAAUUUCAAGGACAUUCUUAGACAAUAUUGUGAGAGAUGGAGAUCAAUAUUAUGUAGACAGCAAAAAAGAGAAUCAAGUGAAGGAGGCAUUUCUACAACCGGAAGAGCUGCUGAAGAUAUUCCAUGUAAAUCAUCAAGAAGUGACAAUUGAUAUCGAUCAUUGUGGUGAAGGACACUUUUUUUCAUCGGGUCUUAUUACUUCUCUGACUGCUGCUAUUGAUUAUUGUGUAGAGAUUUGUAAAGAACAACUUGACCAAUAUGGGUUCUUAUUUAUUGGUCACGGAAAAACUGUCUCAUUCAAAAUAUCCUCUAAAAAUCACAAACAUUUCUUUAUGUUCAACUCUCACAGUGUUGAUAAUAACAACUGUUAUCCCAAGAAUGGUCCUAAGAAAGGAGUAGCCCGAUUAUUUCGAUGUCUUUCAUCGAGAUGUCUCGCCAGCCUACUGAUUCAGAAUCACCCUCGUGAUGAGAGAUAUUGGCAGAUUUAUCGCAUCAAAGUAUCAUCGACUUAA